CAACACGUGUGUUUGUCGAAACAGCUGUUGCUGGAGCCGCGUUCUUUUCGUUUGUUUAACAAAAGUUGCGUUUAAAUAGAAAUAAUGUCGGCAAGUAAGCAAAAGAAGCUGAAUAAGAUGGAGGUUGAUCCAAACGACGAGGAUUCCACCUCCAGUGAGGACGAUGAUGACGAGGUGCACCCAGACGCCUACAGAGGCAACGAGGAGGUACAAAUCGACUUCGAAGGCCGUGCCCCGGUGGAUCCCGAUGCACAGGGAAUUUCUCAGCUGCUGCAGCGUUUGUUCUUACGUGCCCACAUCAAUUGCAAUCAAAUGGCGGAUCUAAUCAUUGCUCAAAACUAUGUUGGAAGCGUGAUCUGUCAGUGCGAUGACGAGGAGCCCGAAAGCGAAACGGACGACGAUAUGGUUGAGGAUGGCACCGUGUUUGGCAUCACAUCCGUACUGAACUUGACAGCCAAGAAGGAUCAGCCAAGCAUCGCGCAGUUAAGAACGUACCUACUCGAUCGCGCUAAGGCACACGCUUCGGGUGCAGUGCACGAGCAAUUAAAGGCAAUUCUGGAGAACGACCAGUGCCACACAGGGUUUCUGGUCAACGAGCGGUUCAUCAACAUACCCGCACAGAUCUCUGUGCCACUUCUGCAGAAUCUACAACAGGAAAUAGAAGCCGCCAAGGCCAAGAAGAUGAAGUUUGACUUUGACACGCUGCUCCUCCUUGUCAAGUUCUACAGAAAGGAGGCAAAGAAGGGAAAGCCAGCCGAGGAUAACUACACAAAUGCUGAGGAUGAGUUACUUUCGGAACGGGCCAAGUUCUCGUUUGAGUACUCAGUGGCCUCCGAAACGGACUCGGGCAUGUCCGGCGACUGGCUAGAAGGCGAUGCCGUGAUGACACCAUACAGAAAACUUCUUGUUCUAGACGCCAAGCAGCUGCCGAAACUGACAAAGGACAUUGAAAGCUUUAUCAAUGGCGAAUAAAUGUUAACAAGUA